AUGCACGAUGGGGGGCGGUUCGGAAACAAAUUGCAGCACGUGACCAGACAUCUGGUCUUCCAUUGCAAGAAGACUGUGAUCCGUUUUGGGCAACGUCGACUAAAGAAGUGGACAAAAUUUCCAAUCGAACGGGCAAGAACGGCACUUCAGAUCGCCGAGGAAGCCAGCGCCAUCCCCAGCUUCGAGCUACAAAGCAUAGGGUACCUUGCGGCAGACCAUGAAAUACUUUCGCACGCCCUAUCCUCGGUCGCCCCGCUGAGCCCCCCGCAACUCUCGCUGCACAAGUCCCCGUCGGCCUCUACAACUGAGCAGCAACCGAAAACCCGGCUGACUGACUUGCCGGAACAGUGUAUUUUCCAAAUUGUUCACUACCUCGAUGUGCACCAAUACGAAGCUCGGGGUUUUGAGAUCUUCGUGCAAAGCGGAUGCAUGGGCUCUGUGACGGUGGUCGCCAAAUAUGUAAAGCUUGAGCAACUCUACAAGCGCGGCCAAUUGAUCCCCACUGAUUUGACAUUUGGCGGCGGCGAGUUUACGCGAGUUUUCACCUACCCUCAACUCGGUACAUCUGCAGACCACCAGAUGAGUGCAUCUCCACCCCGUCUACUCGCCCUGCUCGCUAAUGUCCGGGAAUUUGGUUACGUCUAUGAAAGGCCGGCACUCAAAUACUACUUUGAUGACUUUAAGAAAAUUGUCGAGGGGUGGCGACACGAUUCCCUUUCACAUGCAACCAUCCUGUACAUCAGGCGGCCGACUGAUCUGCCCCAGCGCUACCUGGAAUUGUCGCCGUCCAGGGUCCUAUUCGCGGCUGAUGGCACACUACAACAACUUGUUUUUGCACACCAAUCGUUACUCGGCGAAGAGUUUACUGUGUAUUUU